AUGGGUCUUAGUUUGAACGAUCAUAUCUUAGCCAAGCUCAUUUUCUCCUAAAGUAGCAGCUCGGAAGGGUACGCGACGGCUCCUUGUAUACGGGCAGCAAGUACCAUUGAUACGUUCAGUUUUGAAGACAUUGGAUCAACCCCUUAUUGUCAUCUGGACAGCGAUAAAUACAGCAGAUAUCUUUCAAAGUGAAUCGAGCAUUCCUCACAUUUUUUCAUUCAUUAUUCAGAUUGAGGCAUUGCAUCCGGACAUCAUACCAUGGCUAUUGGACACAUUCUGGGUCUCCUCGCCCAGACACGCUUGGGUCUCGCGGCUGAGCCUUCCAUAACUGCCGGCUGCAGUCAAGCAGUGAGAUACUCUUAUGAGCGUGGUCCUCCUCAUAUUUACCCCGUACUGAUCAACAAGUAGUGCUCCCAAUUGAUGGAGGAGUUCGGCUCUGCCGUUCAUCUGGGUAGCAACGACCCUUCCUUCGCGAUAUGGGACAUGAAGCAGCAGGAGGCUCUUCCUGCCUGCCGCAUAGAGCCAACGACUGCUGCCCAGGUAUCAAGAGUCGUUGAGAUCACCGUCGAUAACUGGUGCCGCUUCGCCAUCAAGGGCGGCGGGCACAUGACAAACUUGGACGCCUCCAACUCUGUCGGUGGCAUUACGAUCGACUUGCACCUCAUGGACCACAUUGAGAUUUCAGAGGACCGCACGAAAGCAAAUCUUGGACCUGGUCAUGUUCUUCGCGACGCUUAUUUGGCACUGGAGAAAUACAACCUUACGAUGGUGGGCGGAAGAACUGCCGACGUUGGACUUCCGGGAUUCACUAUCGGUGGUGGACUCUCUGAUCUUGGACCGCAAUACGGCUUGGCCGUGGAUAAUGUCUGGGAAUACCAGGUAAGCGUCUCAAUUCCAUGUCAGACUCCAUGUUUUGUUGCCACAUCACAAGUCCCAAGCUCACUCACUUUGCACCAGCUCGUGCUGCCGAAUGCCACCAUUGUCAAUGUCUCUGAAACUGCUCAUCCUGACCUAUACUUUGCUCUGCGCGGAGGCGGCAACAACUUCGGUGUCAUUACCAACUUCUGCUCGCGACUCGUACCGCAAGGUCAGAAGUGGGGUGGCUCGAGAACCUACAACGUUAACUACACUGAUCAGCUCGUCGAUCAGUCUUAUCAACUGGCGACUAAUCUGGCCGUUGACACGUACAUGUCUUUUUGGAGUCGCAACUCCUACGACUCUGCCAGUGAUCGAUUCAGCAUGAGUGUCUCACAAGCAUACUAUGAACCUGUUGUUGAGCCUCCUGUCUUCGCCGAAUUGAACAAAAUUCCUUAUGAAACGAGCAUUCUUCGUGUCGACUGGAUGAGCAAUCAUAGUCUCGAUAGCGUCUCUCCCCAUGGAUUACGUCGUAUUUAUGCUUCCAUUACCUUCCGGCCUUCUUGUGUUCUGCACAAGCAAUUGAUCAACAUCUACACGGAAGAAUUUACAGGUGUCAAGAAUACUCCGGGGAUCUCCUCGUCGCUGGUCGUUCAGGCCCUGCACAAGAACGCCAUCGAUGCCAUGAAAGUGAGGGGAGGGAAUGCUCUCGGCGUUGAGUCUGAUGGCCCAUUGAUGAUUGCGCUCCUCACUCUCGGAUGGUCUAACUCGGGCGAUGAUGCGGCGAUGUAUGCCUAUGCCGACCGAGUCAUUAACCGAUCCAAGGCUGAAGCUGAGUCGAUGGGCUUGUUGCACCCAUGGCUGUACAUCAACUAUGCAAACUACAAUCAAGACCCUUUCUCGGGAUAUGGAGAGAAGAACAAAAACAGACUCCGGGAAAUCCAGAAGGCGGUUGAUCCCAGAGGAAUCUUCACCUCCCAUGGCCUGGUCAGAGGAUCGUUCAAACUCAACUGAAUCUUUUUCCAGACCUCUCAGUCUCACAGCCAGAGUACGACGAAAAGCUCCAACAAAAUCUGGCUUUGACACAGGAACGCGUGUCACAUGCACGUAGACGGAUCUCGAGCUGAGUUACAUGUAAUCUAUGGGAUCUGAUUGUUACAUGCUCAAAUAUACCCCUCUGGUCUCCCAAGUGUGAUUUAGAUCAUGUGCGUUGAGCAGACUGCCACUUCGCCAAUGAAGAGA